CCCUUGUUUUUUGAAUGUUGACAUUUUUUUGAAAAAAAAAAAACAAAACAAAUAUUGACCUUAGAACAUAACUAGUUUAUUACAAUAGUACUUCUUGUUUGUCUUAAACAAAUUAACUGUGUAGUUCUCCCCAUUGUUGCACCCGCAAUGGCCGUUGGAAAAGCCAUUCUCCUGUUACGUCGGUUCACCUAGAGCGACCGGGUAUCGGGGGUUUCCCGCAGUAUUUGCCGGUGACUUUAACGGACUCCUUUCAAUUUAUCUCUACACUUUAACUAACACAUUUUCACCCAAAAAAAAAAUCACAUUCCAAAGAAACAGAACAAAGAAGAAGAAUGAUCUCAUCCACCAAAUAAAUAAACAAAUUUUAUAUAAAAAAAUAAAAAUAAAAACGAAAAACAAAUAAAAGAAAUAGUGCCGUCUCGUUGGGGGGAUUUCAGCCUUCUACCGACACUUUCUUCUGAACAUAUUUCCAACAAAAAGAAAAACGUUUAUUAAUAAUAAUUCUUCAUUUAAACACUUUCAAAUCAAAAACGAUGAAUUAUUAAAAUUGCAAAUUCUUUUGUUAUUUUAUUUUAUUUUUCAUUAUUUUAGUAUUGAAUAGCAGAGUUGCAGUAGGUAUGGAAGGUGAUGUUAUUUGGCGGUAUUUCUGUAUUUGAAAAGGGCAUUGUCAUGGUGGGGGCUUCAACAACAGAUGGAACCAAACCAAGUUUUAGGGGCAGUAAUGACUCAUAGUCAAGGAAGAAGAGAGUUUAGCUUGUACAAACUUUGAAAACUGUACAAGAGAAAGAGACUGGUCGACUAUCUUACUACCAUGACUGUGUUUGAGGAGUUUUUGACUGUUCUUCAUAAUACAAAAAAGGAGAGAAUUGUUUUGGUUGGUAUUCGAAUUGAUAGCCAUAGCAGAGAGAUUCUCAGCUGGGCUCUUGUGAAGGUUGCUGAGCCUGGAGAUUCUGUUGUUGCUAUUCAUGUCUGUAGAAAUUCAGAUGAAGCUUUGAAAAAGAAACCUUCUUUAGAUGAUUACCUGGAAGUGUAUCAAGGUUUAUGUAGUGUAAAAAAGGUGGCACUUACUGGUCAGAUAUUAACUGGAAGUUCAGCCAGAAGGGCUCUGGUGAGAGAGGCAAUCAGUCAUGGUGUUGAAGCUCUGGUUUUGGGCAUAAGUAAACGAAGCAAUAUUAGGAGUAGGAUUUCCACAGCCAAAUAUUGUGCCAAGAGGCUAUCUUCAACCACAGAAGUCCUGGCUAUUCACAAUGGGAAAGUUCUCUUCAGAAGGUGCCCCAUCACUAAACUUUCAGACACUGCGACGAAUGAUCGGAAAGAACUUAAACCAAGUCCUUUUACAACAAAAGAAACUGUGUCUGAAUUUGGCGACUCUGAAGCGGAGACGGAAACUGUGGUAUCCUUUUGUGAAACGACUAGGAGUACUGACUCAUUCAGUCUAAUAAGCCAUCAAGAGAAGAGAAGAAGCCUUUCAAGAUCAGAUUCUCUUCUUUCAACCGAUUCUUUUUCUAUGGACCAAAAGCUUGGUUGGCCUUUGCUUAGAAAAUCAAUUUCAGGGGCCCCACAUACCCCAAAGGCAAGGAACAUCUCAGUGGUUCAUUGGGUGAUGAGCUUACCAGAUCGGUCUCCAAUGCAAUAUUUACAUUGUCCAACAAUAGUAGAGAAUCCCAACAUGGAAGGAGAGCUCAAUGACUUUGAUAAUGACACUAAUAAUAGUAUCAAAUUAUCUGAUUUUAGUGAAAUACCAGAAGGGUUGCAAAAUCUUCUUCUCACCAACUCACGUGGCUACAAAUGGUUCACUCUUGAUGAUCUCAAAGCGUCAACUUCUCAAUUUGCUUCAGAAAAUCUGAUUGGAAAUGGGGGGUGUAACCGUGUGUAUAAGGGAACUCUUGAAUGUGGAAAGUUAGUGGCAAUUAAGAUUCUUGAAUCAUCAAAACAAGGGUGGAAAGAUUUUGCCCUCGAAUUUGACAUUAUAUCUUCUUUGAAACACAAACACAUCACUCCUUUACUGGGAAUUUGUGUUGAGGAUAAUGCUCUGAUUUCUGUCUAUGAUUUUCUUCCUAAAGGAAGCUUAGAAGAAAAUCUACAUGGUAAGAAGGAAGACAAGUUUGUUUUGUCAUGGGAACUAAGAUAUGAUGUAGCUAUUGGGAUUGCGGAAGCUCUCCAUUACCUUCACAAAGAAAGUCCUCAGCCUGUGAUUCAUAGAGAUAUUAAGUCUGCAAACGUUCUUCUCUCUAAUGAGUUUGAAGCAAAGUUAUCUGAUUUUGGAUUGGCCAUAUGGGGCCCCAUAACUUCAUCUUUUGUAACCCAAGGAGAUGUGGUUGGAACAUUUGGCUAUCUAGCACCUGAAUAUUUCAUGUAUGGAAAAGUUAGUGACAAGAUUGAUGUCUAUGCAUUUGGAGUUGUACUUCUUGAACUCUUGUCUGGAAGAAGACCAAUUGUUUCUGAUUCUCCUAAAGGACAAGAGAGUUUGGUCAUGUGGGCAAAGCCACUAUUAGAGAGUAGAGAUGUGAAAAGUUUAUUAGACCCAAAUUUGGAUGGAAAAGUUGAUGAAGUUCAAAUGAAGAGAAUGGUUCUAGCAGCAACUCUUUGCCUCAUUCGCUCAUCUAGGCUUCGCCCUAGCAUCAUCCAAAUAUUGAAGAUAUUGAAAGGAGAAGAAGAUAUUGAGAAGUGGGCAAACUCAAAAAACAUUUGUCAACAACAUGACAUAUCAGAGAACCAAGGAGAAGAAGAUGAUGAAGUUUAUCCAAAUUCAAGUGCAGAGUUGCAUUUGAGUCUUGCAUUACUGGAUGUUGAUGAUGAUGAAAUGACGUCGUUUAGCAGUACGGACAGAAGUAGCAGCCUGUAUUUGAAUGAGUCCUUUAAAGACCGAUGGAGUAGGUCACCAAGUUUCGAUUGAUUAGAGGUGUAAGCUCUGUGGAUGGAUCAUGUAAUUUAUAGAUUUACAAUAGAGAGAAAGAUAACAAAAAGAAAAGCGCCCAAGGUUUGAGGUGGAUCUUUUGUUGUUGUAAAAAUAAAAAAUUCCAAUAGUAAUAAUAAUAAUAAAAAUAAUAAUAGUAAUAAUAAUAAUAAUAAUAAUAAUAUAAGGUAUCUUAUAAAAAUACCCAAUUUUUUUUUUCAUGUUUA